GGGUAUAAAUACUGGCACAUGCAGUAACAUCUUCACUAUUCUUCUUGGACAGACGACAUUAGAGGAAAUAAUGCAGCUUCAAGUUUUAAUUCCUUUGUGCGUGGUCUUCUUGUGCGUUGUUGAUAGCCGCAGUACGGAUUUUCAACGACGAUAUUUUCUACAAGAAUAUAGAGCAUUCAUUGGGUCUAGGGGAGUGACGACCGAAGAGCCCAUUCCCACAGAGAGCUAUCCAUCUUCCCCAGAUAAUGAGGUUCCUGAUGUCGACAUUCCAGAAAUAGAUUACGAAAACUGGCCAUACGCAAUGAUGGAAUUUACAAGUCUGAUUGGUAGAUGUAUAACGUCACGAGCUGUAGCCCAGAUGAUGCCCAACAGACGCCGAAACAAAUUUCUGACUGAAGCUUGUCCACGUAUAUUGGAAGCGAUCAAAGCUGAGUCGAAAGAAAGCAUCAAAGAGGAAGUACAAGAAUUUGGUGAAAAGAAUUUUGGUCUUUUACAAUGUACGAACCUUCUAGCUGAAAGGGACAAUGUUAAAGCUGUUUUGAAAAUGAAGUCUCGUCCAGAGAAGUCUAGGCCAUUCAGCCCACCAGAACUGAGAAGUGAAUCUACACCAAACGCCGAAUGGACAAUCGAAGAAAUGUCGAGUAUUGUGCUUGAGGAAGCGAGAGAUCUAUAUGAAUUGUGUGAGAGGACAUUGGCUGACACUAUACAAUCUCCAGACGACUUACAUGAAGGAACAAAACCAGAAAAGCGUUUAUUUGGUCUCGUAUUAGCUUCAUGGACACUCGGCACAAUUUUGGCAACAGCCGGGUAAGACUUGGCCGUUAUGGUGUAACCGUUAUAGUGAAUGUCUUUACUUGUUUAUGAGAAAAUAUUAAAAUGUACUUUAAAAUU